AUGGGGCAGCUUCCAGUGACUUGUGGUCUCUACUUCUCCCUUGGUCAUAGCACCAUCGUGUUCGUCGUGACGAUCGCAAUCGCAAUCUCUGUCGAUGUAUUCAAUCGGCUCGAUUCCGUCAGCAACGUCGGAGGAAUCAUCGGGCCUGCGGUCAGUGGAUCCUUCUUGUUCAUCGUGGGAUUGGCCAACUCUAUCAUUCUGUGGAGAAUUUUGCGAAGGCGCAGAAAGGUUAGAAACGUUUACGACGUUAGGCUCACACAAACUGAGCCUGGUUUCCAGCAAAAGCAGCAAGAACAAAGGAACGAAGAAGCCUUGGAAGAGGUGGAAGGACUGCAUGAUUCGCGCAAGUCGGAAGGAAUGCUCAUGAUGCGCAUCCUAGGACCAGUAGUGAACUUCGUCAACCGACCUUGGAAGAUGUAUCCUGUUGGGGUGCUUUUUGGCUUCGGGUUCGACACGGCUUCUUCCAUCGCGCUUAUCUCCGUCUCCGCGAUUGCCAAGAAGCAAUCCGAGUAUGGCUCUUUCCCUUCCUCAUAUAUCAUCAUUCUCCCGCUUCUUUUCACAGCGGGAAUGGUUCUGCUUGACUCCGCCGACUCGAUUAUCAUGCUCUACUCCUACACAGGCUUCCCUGAACGCACUUGGAAAUUGGUAACCCGAAAGCCCGCUGCCCGGGCCCCUGCCCCAGCAAUUCCACCUCCGGAUGCCAAAGAAUUCUCGUCAAAGAAAAGUGGGGUCCCAGAGACUGAGAAGGUUGUUCCUACAGCAGAGGUUCUUCCGGUCGAGCUCGACCCUUCCGUUGGUACUGCGCUUGCAGUCAAGACAAACGUGAUGUCCGGAUUGAGUAUAAUACUCACCGUUCUCAGUAUCAUCCUCGCGUUCAGGUGA